CAGCAAGGAGCGAAUGUGACUGUGUAACUUUACAUAAUAUUUUUUCCACAAAAACACCUAUAUUUGUGCAGUUCGAACUUUGAUCGACAGUUUUACGACAAUGUUUCGUCGAUCGGUGGGGUUGUUACAUGCAUCAUGUAAACAAUGUCUUUCACAGCCAAGACAGAUCCAUGUGACCCAAAAGUCUUUACUGCCUAUGGUUCCGAUUGUGAUUGAACAGACAGGCCGGGGCGAAAGGGCCUAUGACAUCUACUCUCGGCUGCUGAAGGAGAGAAUCAUAUGUGUUAUGGGCCCUAUUCAUGAUGAAAUUGCUAGUCUCGUUAUUGCUCAGCUGCUGUUCCUACAGUCUGAGAGUAAUAAGAAACCGAUCCACAUGUACAUCAACAGUCCAGGUGGUUCAGUGACUGCCGGCCUUGGUAUCUAUGACACAAUGCAAUAUGUGCUGCCCCCUAUCUCCACUUGGUGUGUUGGCCAGGCUUGUAGUAUGGGAUCUCUACUUCUAGCAGCGGGUGCUCCAAAAAUGAGAUAUUCGCUUCCCAAUGCUAGGAUAAUGAUACAUCAGCCUUCAGGGCAGGCAUCAGGUCAAGCUACUGAUAUACAAAUCCAGGCAGAAGAGAUUAUUAAGCUAAAAAAGCAAAUAAAUCAGAUUUAUGUGAAACAUACAAAUCAGCCUUUAUCUGUCAUAGAAGAUAUUUUAGAAAGAGACCAUUUUAUGAAUCCCCAGGAAGCUAAAGACUUUGGAUUAAUAGAUUCGGUAUUAGAACAUCCGCCUAUUCCAGGACAGGACGGAGAGGACAAAAAGGAUUAACUUUCAAUAACUUUUAGGGAAAAUUGUAAGGAGAAGAUAAGAUCAACUAAUUACUUCGUGAACUUAUCAGGGCCAUCUCAAAAAAUACAGGUGCCAAAAAUGCUAAACUGGAACAGGAUCUUCCAGGACCCAGGCUCCCCUUUGAGUUCACCACUCAUACUAUUAAUUCAGCUGUGUGUAUUAUAAGUCUUGGGUAAAAAUAAGUUAAAGAGGAACCAUAAGCAGAACCUUUGCAAGCUGUGAGAUAUUCACUGAUAGAGAGCUUGGUCCAAGUUAACCAGCACCGACUCUGAGAUAGACAGAUAUUGGUUUUGUAACUUCAACCGGCUCAGUGUCUUUGUAAUAUACUUCGUUAUUAAAAUAAAACUAUUUUAUGUGA